ACGUGAACCGCUGUUGACAGUUCCGGGUGGGACGAGAGUGGGGAGGCGGACUGGUUAGGGUGCUGGGGAGCAGGCAUGGCGUACCACGGCCUUACCGUGCCUCUGAUCGUGAUGAGCGUGUUCUGGGGCUUCGUGGGCCUCCUCGUGCCCUGGUUUAUCCCCAAGGGUCCGAACCGGGGGGUUAUUAUCACCAUGUUGGUGACCUCUUCUGUUUGCUGCUAUCUCUUUUGGCUGAUUGCAAUUCUGGCCCAGCUCAAUCCUCUCUUUGGACCACAGCUGAAAAAUGAGACCAUCUGGUAUCUGAAGUACCACUGGCCUUGAGGAUGAAGACGUGCUGCACAGUGCCCAGGUGCUGAGGUCAACGAGAGAAUGCCUUCUAGAUGCAAAGUUGCCCCUGCCCAGACCACCUCCUUCAAUAGCCUUCUUCCGGCAUUACCUGCCUUACACUGAGGACCUUCCUCUGCAUACAGUAUUUUUCCCUUCACCUUUUUUACACUUCAAUGAAUGAUGUGCCUACUUAGCUGACUCUGUGAGAUGUCUACAUUCCGCUGAGAGAGAAGGUGCUGCUCUGAGAAACCUGUCACUCUUGUGGAGCCCGUGGCUUUGAAUAUGGCUCUUGCCAGCUUACAACCUGAGAGUCAGCAUCGUAUUUAAAAAUCGCUACAAGACAAACCAGACACACUGGGACAGCCAGGAAUGCCCGCUCAAGAGAAGCCCUACCCAGCAGAUGUACACCAAGCUCUAUUUUCAGGAUGAAUUUCUUACUUCUACAUCUUUGGGAAUAAAUUAUUUUUCUUCUUUCUAUGGAAA